AUGGCAACCGACCGUGAUCCCGGUGUGGCGCCACUCGGGUUCGACCCGCGCAACUUGGAGAUCAAAACGAAAAGCAUUGAACACACGCUGGUACCCCUUGUCUCACAGAUCACCACACUCGUCAAUUUCAAAGAAUCGAUUCUAUCGGGCGGAAAACCGAAAUCCGAUCGAGCCAUUCGAGCAGCAUUAAAAGUGGGAAGCGCCGUGGAAGCGGCCAUUGAACGUUUUGUGGCUGUCGGGGAGACGAUCGCCGACGAGAAUCCAGACAUUCAACCGGAGAUGUACGAUGCUUGUCAUGAGGCGAGAAUGGCAGGUGCCUCGAUUGCGAAUCUUUCGUGCGUGAACACGGACCCACUCGGUGAGGCGGCAGUGCUAGACAAGGCAGUCUUGGUGCGGGCGUCUCGUCAACUUCUCUCCUCGGUGACUCGGGUGUUGUUGUUGGCCGAUCGGGUACUCGUCAAACACAUUUUGCGAGCAGAAGACAAGGUUGCUUACUCAUUAUCUCGACUCGAAUCGACACGGAAUUUCACGGAAUUCGUUCGAAUAUUUGCUGAGUUUGGUGGCGAAAUGGUCGACUUGGCGCAUCGAUCCGGUGAUCGACAACACGAUUUGAAGAGUGAAAAGAGGAGAGCUCAAAUGGCUGUCGGUCGGCAAUCGUUGGAGCGAAACACGAUGCUUUUGUUGACCUCGUCGAAGACUUUGCUGAGACAUCCGGAAAGCGAUAGCGCACUACAAUGCAGAGACGGGGUGUUCAUUCAGAUGCGGCUGGCGCUUCAAUUGUUAGCGAUUUGCAUCUGCGAUGGAGUGAUCCCGUUGGACGCGAAUCGUUAUGUCUCGGCGCCUCUCGAAGAACCGCUCGACAUUGGAAUCCAAUUGACAGCCAACGCAGCCAUUAAACAAUUGACGGAAAUGCUGGAAAUGGUGAGAAUGACGUGUCGAGUGGGCGCUGGGGUGAGGGAGCGGCUGGUGGCUGCGUUGGAUGCGCUCUGUGAGAUGACACAGGAUUUUACCGAUUCCGCCUACACACCGCAUCACCAUCGGGAACAGAUUCUCGACUUCUUGGAGGAGUGUCGAUUCGAGAUGACGAACCUCAUCCAACCCGAGAUUGGAACCGAUCGAGAGGAUGUAAUGGGUGAUCCGCUUCGAAACGAGGGUUUAGAGGUGACGGUGGAGAGGCUGAGUCGACGUUUAAGAGAUCUCGCGAAACAGCUACAAAUUGUUGCAAUGGAUCAGGUUUCCGAGGUUUUUCGCGCAAACGAGGACCAAGUGCUUUUGUCGUCGAUCAAGGCUUGUGCCGUCUCUGGAGACAUUGAUGGAGUUGAGAAAUUUAUGGACAAAUUUCGGGAACACUCUGAGCAUAUGCAAGAGGUUUGCCGUCUUUUACAUCACAUCUCACUCACUGACGCUUUGCACGUGAAUACGGGACACUGCGAGAGAAAUAUGCGAUCAUUGGCUCCUUUGUGUCUACUAGCCGGUCGAACGUUGUGUCUUCAUCCGUCGAGUCGAAUUGCGAGGGAAAAUUUGGAGGUCUUUUGCGACACGUGGGGCCAAUCUGUGAACGAUUUGUCGCGUCUAGCGAAAGAUGCGGAUGCAGCUGCAAGUGGUCGAGUGGCUGCAGAGCGACAGGCUUACAUGUCAUUGCCUCGUCCUGGGAAACACGGGACCACCACGAAACCCUCAAAGCCGAUCACUUUGGAUGUCGAGGAUCAACAAAAGAUGGCCAAAGUUGGAUUGGAGAUGAAAUUGCUGACAUCGGAGGUUGACGCUGAAGCCGAGAAAUGGGAUGAGUAUGCCGAGAAUGACAUUGUGAAAAGGGCAAAGGCAAUGUCUUCAAUGGCUUACAAUAUGUACCUAUUCACACGUGGUGAUGGACCAUUGCGAACGACACACGAUCUUUUCACACAGGCUGAAUUCUUUGCCGAGCAAGCGAACAAAAUGUACAAAACGGUGCGCGAGUUCAGCUAUGAGGUACCAGGCAGUGCUGAGAAGAGCGAAUUGUCAGCGAUUCUGGAGAAGAUUCCCGUUCACUGCCAGCAGCUACAAGUACUAGUGAAGAGUCCGACCGUCGGAAAAACAGCUACUUUCGGGAAGGUUGAUUCGGUGAUUCAAGAGACGAAAAAUUUGAUGAAUGAGAUCGCGAAACUUGUCACAGCUUCGUUCGUUUGCGCCACGAAGUACGAGAUCGAGUUCCGAGGCGGCUCGAUGCCACGAGUUGUGGGUGACGGCGAGAUGCGUACCUCUCGCGAGUCGACAAUGUGGCGACGCACCCCGUCGAUUCGACGCACCGCUCCACCAUCGAACUCCGGCUCAAACUUCAAUCUU